CGCCAGCCGCCGAGCCGCGAACAGCCCAACAAACAAUCCCCGGCGCCGCCGCCAAACCGAGCCCCUCCGCCCGCCCGCCCGCCCCGGACCGGGACCCCCGCCGUUCUCCCCCUUCCUUCCCCCCUUCGGCCUCCCUUCGCGCCUUCUCUUCGGCUCGGAUUUUUAAAAAGCCCUUGCGGUGAGGCAAAUCGAGGAGGCGCUUGGCGGAGUUGUGUAGGCCGCGGAAGUGAGGAAAAAAGGGCGCGCGGGCUUGUUUGGGGCCUUGUGAGGCCUACUCCACAGGCAGAGACAGACCGCCUUCAGGCUGAGGUGUGGGCUGCUGCAUAAAUAGAAGAAAGUGAAAAGUAAGCACACUCAUCACCUACAUCUACUUUUUGAAUGUAUUUCUAACAUCUGUGCUCCAGAAGAUGAUAAAGAAAUGAUAGCAGCUCAAGAAGCAACAACCAAUUUUGCCCUACUUCAGGAGUCUGAAACACAUUUUUCUUCUGAUACUGACUUUGAGGAUAUUGAAGGAAAAACUCCGAAACAGGGAAAAGGAAAGACUUGCAAGAAGGGGAAGAAGCCUGCAGGAGAGAAGGGGAAAGUUGGAAACGGAGGAGGGAAGCCCAGUGGUCCAAAUCGAAUGAAUGGGCAUCACCAGCAGAAUGGUGUGGAAAACAUGAUGCUCUUUGAAGUUGUUAAAAUGGGCAAGAGUGCUAUGCAGUCUGUGGUGGAUGACUGGAUAGAAUCCUACAAACAUGAUAGGGAUAUAGCACUUCUUGAUCUCAUCAACUUUUUUAUUCAGUGUUCAGGCUGCAAAGGGGUUGUAACAGCAGAGAUGUUUCGGCAUAUGCAAAAUUCUGAAAUAAUUCGAAAAAUGACUGAAGAAUUUGAUGAGGAUAGUGGGGAUUACCCACUUACCAUGGCUGGUCCCCAGUGGAAGAAAUUUAAGUCGAGUUUUUGUGAGUUCAUUGGGGUCUUGGUCCGGCAGUGUCAAUACAGCAUCAUCUACGAUGAGUAUAUGAUGGACACCGUCAUUUCGCUACUUACAGGAUUAUCCGAUUCUCAAGUCAGGGCAUUUCGACAUACUAGUACACUGGCAGCAAUGAAGCUGAUGACUGCAUUAGUAAAUGUGGCACUGAAUCUGAGCAUUAAUAUGGAUAAUACGCAAAGGCAGUACGAAGCAGAACGAAAUAAAAUAAUCGGAAAACGGGCUAAUGAUAGAUUGGAGCUUUUGCUACAGAAACGGAAAGAGCUUCAAGAAAAUCAAGAUGAAAUUGAAAACAUGAUGAAUGCAAUUUUUAAAGGUGUAUUUGUACAUAGAUAUCGGGAUGCAAUAGCUGAAAUAAGGGCCAUUUGUAUUGAAGAAAUUGGGAUUUGGAUGAAAAUGUAUAGUGAUGCCUUUCUCAAUGACAGCUAUUUAAAAUAUGUGGGAUGGACAAUGCAUGAUAAGCAAGGAGAGGUAAGACUGAAAUGUCUCACAGCUUUGCAAGGACUUUACUAUAAUAAAGAGCUUAAUUCCAAAUUGGAACUCUUCACCAGUCGGUUCAAGGAUAGAAUUGUAUCUAUGACUCUCGACAAAGAAUAUGAUGUUGCAGUACAAGCAAUAAAACUACUUACUCUUGUUUUACAGAGUAGUGAAGAAGUACUGACUGCAGAAGACUGUGAAAAUGUCUAUCAUCUAGUGUACUCAGCUCAUCGACCAGUGGCUGUAGCCGCAGGAGAAUUCCUUUAUAAAAAGCUUUUCAGUCGAAGAGAGCCUGAAGAAGAAGGAAUCCUUAAAAGAAGAGGAAGGCAAAGUCCAAACGCUAAUCUUGUUAAGACGUUAGUUUUCUUCUUUUUAGAAAGUGAGUUACACGAGCACGCAGCGUACUUGGUUGACAGCAUGUGGGAUUGUGCAACGGAUCUCUUGAAAGACUGGGAAUGUAUGAAUAGUCUUCUGUUGGAGGAGCCACUCAAUGGAGAAGAACCUUUGACAGACAAACAGGAAAGUGCACUAAUUGAAAUAAUGCUCUGUACAAUUAGACAAGCAGCUGAAUGUCAUCCCCCAGUAGGAAGAGGUACAGGAAAACGGGUGCUUACAGCAAAGGAGAAGAAAGCACAAUUGGAUGACAGAACAAGGAUCACAGAACUUUUUGCUAUAGCACUCCCUCAGCUAUUAGCAAAAUAUUCUGUAGAUGCAGAGAAAGUCACCAACUUGUUACAGCUGCCACAAUAUUUUGAUUUGGAGAUCUACACAACAGGGAGAUUAGAAAAGCAUUUGGAUGCCUUAUUGCGACAGAUCCGAGAUAUUGUGGAAAAGCACACAGACACUGAUGUUUUGGAAGCUUGCUCUAAGACAUACCAUGCGCUCUGCAAUGAGGAAUUCACCAUCUUUAACCGAGUGGAUAUUGCAAGAAGUCAGCUAAUAGAUGAACUAGCGGACAAAUUCAACAGACUUCUUGAAGAUUUUCUGCAAGAGGGUGAAGAGCCUGAUGAAGAUGAUGCUUAUCAAGUCUUAUCAACAUUAAAACGAAUCACUGCUUUCCAUAAUGCUCAUGAUCUCUCAAAAUGGGACUUGUUCAGUUGUAAUUACAAGCUACUAAAAACAGGCAUCGAGAAUGGAGACAUGCCUGAACAGAUUGUUAUUCAUGCACUGCAGUGUACUCAUUAUGUUAUCCUUUGGCAGCUAGCAAAAGUCAGUGAGAGCAGUUCUACGAAGGAGAACCUUCUACGCUUAAAGAAGGAGAUGAGAGUAUUCUGUCAAAUCUGCCAGCACUACCUGACUAAUGUAAAUACUGCUGUUAAAGAACAGGCCUUCACUAUUUUGUGCGACGUAUUAAUGAUCUUCAGCCAUCAGAUUAUGUCAGGAGGACGUGACAUGUUAGAGCCACUAGUUUACACUCCCGAUUCUUCGUUGCAGUCCGAACUGUUGAGUUUUAUCCUUGACCACGUCUUCAUUGACCAGGAUGAUGACAACAACAGUACAGAUGGACAGCAAGAUGACGAAGCUAGCAAGAUCGAAGCUUUGCAUAAAAGAAGAAAUUUGCUUGCAGCUUUUUGUAAACUUAUUGUCUACACUGUGGUGGAAAUGAAUACUGCUGCGGAUAUUUUUAAGCAAUACAUGAAGUAUUACAACGACUAUGGUGACAUCAUCAAAGAAACCAUGAGUAAAACAAGGCAGAUAGACAAAAUCCAAUGUGCAAAGACACUGAUUCUCAGUUUACAACAGCUUUUCAAUGAAAUGAUUCAAGAAAAUGGGUACAAUUUUGAUCGGUCGUCACCGACGUUCAGCGGCAUUAAGGAAUUGGCCCGGCGCUUUGCUUUAACAUUUGGACUCGAUCAGCUGAAAACAAGAGAAGCCAUUGCUAUGUUGCACAAAGAUGGAAUUGAGUUUGCUUUUAAAGAGCCGAAUCCACAGGGUGAAAGCCAUCCACCUUUAUAUUUGGCAUUCCUUGAUAUAUUGAGCGAGUUCUCUUCCAAACUUCUCAGGCAAGACAAAAAAACAGUGUAUGCUUACCUGGAGAAGUUUAUGACCUUCCAGAUGUCUCUCCGGAGGGAAGAUGUGUGGCUCCCACUCAUGUCUUACAGGAACUCUUUGCUCGCCGGCGGUGAUGACGACACCAUGUCCGUCCUCAGCGGGAUGAGCAACCGAGGGUCGACAGUUCGGAGCAAAAAAACCAAGCCGGCCACAGGGAAACGGAAACUACCUGAAGCUGAGGAAAGCAGCAGCAGCGACAGCAUGUGGAUGAGCAGGGAGCAGACGAUGCACACGCCGGUCAUGAUGCAGACUCCUCAACUCACGUCCACCAUCAUGCGGGAACCCAAAAGGUUGCGGCCCGAAGAGAGCUACAUGGGCGUCUAUCCCAUGCAAGCCGAACACCACCAACCGCCCAUUGAUUACAAUACGCAGGUCACAUGGAUGUUGGCUCAAAGGCAGCAGGAAGAAGCAGCCCGGCAGCAGCAGGAGAGAGCGGCCAUGAACUACGUGAAGCUGAGAACCAAUUUGCAGCACGCCAUUCGACGUGGCUCAAGCCUAAUGGAAGACGACGAGGAGCCAAUUGUCGAAGAUGUUAUGAUGUCAUCAGAAGGGCGCAUUGAGGAUCUCAACGAAGGCAUGGAUUUCGACACCAUGGACAUAGAUCUACCACCUUCAAAGAACAGGAGAGAAAGAACAGAACUAAAGCCGGAUUUCUUUGAUCCUGCAUCAAUCAUGGACGAAUCUGUUCUUGGAGUCUCGAUGUUUUAAUACCAGUCCGGCAUAUAACAACUCCGUGGUGAAGUCAUUUUGGAAGAAGAGAUUUUUAAAAAAUAAAAUUUGGGUAGAUACAGUCAAUAUUCUGAACAGGACUUUUUUUCUCUAAGGAGAAGGUGUGCGUAAAAAAUAAAUAAAAGAUCCAGUACAUUGGUUGAAGGGGCAGUUUUGUUUGCCUAAAAACAUAUAUAAAGGACAAGUAAACAACUUGAGGAUAAGCUAUAGUUUCUGUUGGGAAAACCAGUAUUUUAUUUAUGUAAUAUUACUUUUCUUUUCCAAAUCAUAGUCAGUGCCGCCAUUUUUUGGGAUUCAUAGCUGUUAGGGGGAGAGGCUUGAAGACCGUUUUCAAGCCCCGUCCUUUUUAAUAAUUAUAAUCCGUUGGAUGUAUUCGAAUAACGACUUCUUCUUUAGACGAUUGUGGAAAUAACGAAACGGCUUAAAUAACGUCAUUUGUAGAAUUAGGAGAGAAAACAAAAACCGAAAAGCAUUUUUUUUUUUUUGGUGCGAUACUGGUCAAUCGCAAUGUCGUUCCAGUUCUGAUAAUCACGGAAAUUAAUUACUUGCAAGCUGAUUAGUUGACGUCUAUUUUUAGGAUCGUAAAAAUAAUAACGACGACACAAAACGUACCCAUAUUUACUUACUAUGUAUUCAUACAGAUAUCCAGGAACCAUGAACUGUUGUCAGAAAGCACUGAGGUCAGUCUCGCUUUUACCCAUUUAACAACCCUGAGAGUUUGCUUGUCCUUUAAGAUAAAAAACAAAAACAAAAUGUAAUGUUGUGAAAUUCCUUCCAGUAGUGCCACUGUAUUUUGUCUCCAAAUAAAAGAAGCUUAUUGUAGUAUGUUUGCAGAAAAAAAAAUCUCUAAACAUAAAAAAAAACAAAUAAAUAUACAGCUUAUUAGAGUGUGGGAAUAGGGGGUCUAAAUUUUAAAUAAAAAAGUAUAUAUAUAUAUAAAUUGGUGCUGAUUUUAUAAUUGCGCAGUUUGUUUAGUUUUUUCUUACUUUUAAAAAAUUCCAACUUAAGAAAAAAAAUUAUGAGGUUUCAGAAAUAUAUUGAAAGUUUAACAAUGUUUAAAAAAAAAUAAUAGAUUUGAGCGUGAGGAUAUUCAUGCUUUAAACAAAUGAUUUUUAAAUUUGUAUUUUAUAUUGUUUUAUCUAUCUAUCUGUCUUUGCAAGCAGUCUUCAGGUUAACGAUGAUAACUUCUAACAGGUUAUACAGUACAUUUUCCUCCUGUAUGUAAAUUAAAUCGGAUCAUAGAAAAAAAAAAAACCCUUCCACGUCCCCCUCUCAAAUGAAAGCUAAAGCUUUAAAACAUCGCAUUUUGUGACCUUUUUUUUGGGUUUGUUUUUCAUGAUUUAAUCAUUGUGAAACCAGGCGUGGGCGGACUUGGGCUGUUUUAAGUGUUUUGGACUGCAACUCCCAUCAUUCCUAACAGCCUCAGGCCCUUUCCUUUUGCCCCUCAGCCGCUUAAGCGGCUGAGGGGCAAAAGGAAAGGGCCUGAGGCUGUUAGGAAUGAUGGGAGUUGCAGUCCAAAACACUUAAAAAGAGCCCAACUUUGCAAAAACCUGUUCUAAACACACACGCAUUUAUUUCGACAUCCACUCUGCAAGGCUUAGGCAGCUAGACAUCACUUUUUUAAAAAAGGAAGCGUUAACUUAUAAUGUAUAUUUCUCUCUUUUUUUGUCAGUUGUCUCUUCGGUUCUCAAAGGUAUUAUAUUAUUAUUUCUAAUCAUUCCAUGCGCCUUAAAAAAUACGCUUGCAAUAGAAAGUUCCUCAAAUGAACAAAACGUUUUUUUUUAAAAGCCUCUUCCUUCAACAAUGAAAGAGUUGCUGUGAGUUUUCUGGGCGGUCUGGCUCUGUUCCAGAAGCAUUCUCUCCUGACGUUUCGCCCACAUCUACAGUAGGCAUACUCGGAGGUUGUGAGGUGUUGGGAACUAGACAAGUGGGAUUUAUAUAGCUGUGGAAUGAUGUCUUGUUUGUUGCAAUUGGCCAGCUUGAUCAGCAUUGAAUAGCCUUGCAGCUUCAAAGCCUGGCUGCUACCUGCCCAGGGGAAUCCUUUGUCUGUUGGAAACUAGGCAAGUGGGGUUUAUAUACUUUUGGAAUUAUGUCCAGGGUGGGAGAAAGGAGUUUUGUCUGUUUGUUGUAAUUGGCCAGUUUGAUCAGCAUUGAAUAGCCUUGCAGCCUCAAAGCCUGGCUGCUUCCUGCCUGGGGGGGAAUCCUUUGUCUGUUGGAAACUAGGCAAGUGGGGUUUAUAUAUCUGUGGAAUUAAUGUCCAGUGUGGGAUAAAGAAGUCUUGUCUGUUGGAGGCAAGUGUGAAUGUUGCCAUUGGCCAGCUUGAUCAACAUUGAAUAGCCUUGCAGCUUCAAAGCAUGGCUGCUUCCUGCCUGGGGGAAUCCUUUGCUGGAAACUAAAUAAUAAUAAUAAUAAUAAUAAUAAUAAUAAUAAUAAUAAUAAUAAUAAAUGUUAACCAAUGUUGUUGUUGGGCUUGUCCCUUAUGUGAGCCGCCCCGAGUCCCUUUGGGGAGAUGGUGGCGAGAUACAAAAACAAAGUUGUUGUUGUUAUUGACACAACGACGUUGUAUGACACAGCAAACAAGAUAGAUAUGCUGGAUUAUUAUUAUCAUUAUUAUUAUUAUUAUUAUUAAUAUUAAUAUAAUAAAACUUUAUUUAUAUUCUGCCCUAUCUCCCCAAAGGGGACUCAGGGCAGAUUCCAACAUACAAUGGUAAACAUUUACUGCCUCCAUAAAACAAACAAAUACUAACAUAAAAUCCCAGGAAAAAAACCCAUAUAUAAAAAUAACAUUAAGACCUAACAUCAAAUUGAGGACUAAACAUCAGUAUUUUAAACCUAAGCUCAAUAACUUAAACUGCACGUAGUCAGGCAAAAUUAUAUAAUGACACAAAACGAUGUGGUUUGGUCGUGUAUUCUCAAAUGAUCAUUGGUAACUGAGGUUUAUAUAUCUGUGGAAUAACAUCCAGGUUGGGAGACAGAACUUUUGUUGGUUGGAAGCAAAUGUGAAUGUUGGAAUUGGCCACCUUGAUUAGCAUUGAAUGGCCUUGCAGCCAUUGCUGUCCAAAAUCAGGACAGUAAAAGAACAACACUCAAAAAUGGGAAUUCCGGAAAAGAAAUGAUGAGGGACAGCUAACACCUCCCAACAAAGGAUUCCCCUAGGCAGGAAGCAGCCAGGCUUUGAAGCUGCAAGGCUAUUCGAUGCUAAUCAAGGCGGCGAAUUGCAACAUUCAAGAGUUCUUUCUCCCACCCUGGGCAUUAUUCCACAGAUAUAUAAACCCCACUUGCCAAUGAUCAUCAUUUGACUACACAACAAACCUACAUUGUUUUGUGAAUGAUACUUGGCUGUUGUAAAUUAAUGUGAGUGUGCAUUCGAGUGGGAGAAACAACUCUUGUCCAACAUACAAGAGUUCUUUCUCCCACCCUGGACGUUAUUCCACAGAUAUAUAAACCCCACUGUGGAAGGUCCAGGGUGGGAAACAAUCAUGGCUAGCUAACACCUCCCAACAAAGGAUUCCCCAGGGCAGGAAGCAGCCAGGCUUUGAAGCUGCAAGGCUAUUCGAUGCUAAUCAAGGUAGUGAAUUGCAACAUUCACACUUGUCUCCAACAGACAAGAGUCCUUUCUCCCACCCUGGACAUAAUUCCACAGAUAUAUAAACCCCACUUGCCAAUGAUCAUCAUUUGACUACAUAACAAACCCACAUCGUUUUGUGAAUGAUACUUGGCUGUUCUAAAUUAAUGUGAGUAUGCAUUCGAGUGGGAGAAACAACUCUUGUCCAACAUACAAGAGUUCUUUCUCCCACCCUGGGCAUUAUUCCACAGAUAUAUAAACCCCACUUGCCAAUGAUCAUCAUUUGACUACAUAACAAACCCACAUCGUUUUGUGAACGAUACUUGGCUGUUGUAAAUUAAUGUGAAUAUGCAUUCGAGUGGGAGAAAGAACUCUUGUCCAACAUACAAGAGUUCUUUCUCCCACCCUGGACCUUAUUCCACAGAUAUAUAAACCCCACUAUGGAAGGUCCAGGGUGGGAAACUAUCAUGGCUAGCUAACACCUCCUAACAAAGGAUUCCCCCAGGCAGGAAGCAGCCAGGCUUUGAAGUCAAGAGUUUUCAUUCCACAGACAUAUAUAAACCCACUUUCCUAGUUUCCAACAGACCUCACAACCUCUGAGGAUGCCUGCCAUUGGUGUGGGCGAAGUGUCAGGAGAGAAUGCUUCUGGAACAUGGCCAGACAGACCAGAAAACUCACAGCAACCCAGUGAUUCCGGCCAUGAAAGCCUUCAACAAAGCCAACAAACCUUGGGCUGUGGUAGCCAUAAACCACGCGUUCUCUAUAGAAUCAUGAAAACAACAAAAUUAUAUUUUGGGGGGAAAAAACCGUGGGUUUGCCCAACAAGAGAGCCUGAUCUGCCUCUAAGCUCCGUUUUGCAUUGAGAGUCAUGUCUGAAAAUACUGCCUAUUCUCUAUCAUUUCCCUCCUUCCUUUGACGCCACUGCAUUUAAAUAGAACUGCUGAGAGGACUGUAUAUAUGAUUUUAAACUUAAGUUGAUCUCCCCGCUCCCCUUUUGACUCUUUGAAAGGAGUGUUUUCUUUGUGGAAAAGCAGUUCUUACAGCCUUUAUGUUUUCAGACUAAAAACAAACAAACAAACAAACAACGACGUUUUAUAUAUUUACCUUUAACCUGUCGUCCUCCACAUUCUAUUUGUCCUAAUUGUACUGUUUUCUGAUUUGUAUUUAUGUCUUGAGACAAGUAACUUUUUGAAUAAAAAUAAACCUACAGUAUGUUGUAAGUUUGAUCUUUUUGAAUCAAAAGGGUAGAGGAAGAAAAAAAAAUCUUAAAAAAAAGAGUGUGAAUGGUGCAAAAUGUUAUGUUUAUAAGAAGAAGAAAAAUUAAAAAAAGCUUUUUCCAUGUCUCUUUUAAGUGUUUGUCUCAGACUUGGGAUAAUGUAUGGAAAACUGCACUGUUUUAUAUUUGUAAUAAAUUGUACAAGUUUUUAAAAUGUGAAUAAAGCACUAAUUGGGUUAAUAAUUUAAA